AGCUGCCACCACCUAUAUCGACACUUCUGUGAUUUAUGCACUGUCUGGUAUUCGACUUUAGAACAAGCGAGCGACUGUGCAACAGACCCGCCUCACAUUGCGCACGAAUGACGUAAACAACAGAGGAAGUGGAAAUUAGUUGAAAUCUAAAUUACCGACUUUCUUACUAGCGAGUAAAGAUAGCGAUUCUAACUGAAGAACAAUCACAGUUGAUGGUUGGGUCAACAUGUCUGAAAGAUCGGAAAGUUCAGUUUCAACGGAAACUUCCGCCAGAAAACUAUAUCGUGAACGACCGGAGUGGCAAGAUGUGACGCCCGAGGAUUUAGAUCAGCAAUCAGAUGAUGUAUUAAAAAUCUCUUAUACGAAUACGUUUCGGGACUGUUUUGGCUAUCUUCGUGCGGUCAUCAAGAGCGGCGAACUCAGCGAGCGAGUCUUCGAGUUAACCACGACCUGUGCAGAUGAGAAUCCCGCAUGCUACACUGUAUGGGUACUGCGACGAAGGUUACUCGAGCACCUGAAAAAAGACCUUAACGAAGAAAUGGAGUUUAUGAGUCGGCAGAUUUUCGAUAACCAAAAAAACUAUCAGGUUUGGUAUCAUCGCCAGAGGCUCGUACAGCUUCGCAAUGAUCCAAAAGGUGAACUCGAUUUUAUCGAACGCGUACUUAGCGAAGACGCAAAAAACUACCAUGCAUGGCAAUAUCGUCAAUGGUUGCUCAAGACAUUCAACCUUUGGAGCAAGGAGUUAAAUUUUUGUUCGUCAAUGCUUAACGAAGAUAUUAGAAAUAAUUCCGCCUGGAAUCAACGUUAUUUCGUCUUGAAAAAUACUACUGGUUUCCUUCGUCCCGUUGUAGAGGAAGAAAUUAAGUUUACGCUAGACAAAAUUUCUCAGGUGUCUUGUAACGAAAGCGCGUGGAACUAUCUUGGAGGAAUCCUAGCGCACGCUGAUGAAUCUCAACAAGAAAAACUACGAAAAAAAUGCGAGCAAAUGCGAGCGGACGGAAUUCAUAAUAUUUAUUUAUACGCUACACUGCUGUCUAUAUAUGAGAAAGCUGAAAUGAAAAAAGAGGCUCUAGAAAUUGUGUCCAUUCUGAGGACAGAGGAUAUUCCAAGAUCACCUUACUGGACAUUUAAACAGAAAUUGUUGUUAAAUGAGCCGACAGGAGAAAACUGAUCUUCAUCUAGUUGGAAUUAGGGAAGGCGUAAUGAAAAAUAAAUGUUCGUUCAUACGUUUUUCCUUUCAACGGACUAGUUACAUAUAUACAAUGAAAGAGCUGUAUAUGCUAAGAGAAAAAUAAAUAAAACGGAGACGUUAUUA